CGCCCCGGCGCCGCGAUGGCCGCCGAUGCGGCGCCUCGCCGCGCUCGGGCUCGCAGUGGCGCCAUGUGGAGGCAGGCGGCCAGGCUGCUGCUGGCGCUGGUCGCCUUCUCGGCGCCCUCGCUGGCCGUGUGCGUGCGCGGCGAGACGGUCGACGCGCGCCAGGCGGCGCCGCAGCUCGGCCGGCCCUGCGACGGCCAGGGGUGCGCCGGAAACGCCACCUGCAUCGUGAACGUCGACUCCGGCAAGGCUGUCUGCAUUGGCAGGACCAAGUCGGGAACAUGUCCGUUCACACAGCUGGCCGACUGCACCGAGAUCCAGAUGAUCUGUACGAAGGACGCCGACUGUCCCGGCAAACAGAUCUGCUGCCAAGACGAAUGCGACCGCGUCUGCGUCGAUCCAGGCGAAGACGUGCCGAAGCCGGGACACUGUCCCGCCCGCUUCGCCUUCGGCCCCUGCACCAAGGAAUGCUCCGAGGACGGCGAGUGUCCUGGCGCCAACAAGUGCUGUGACACCGGCUGCGGCUCCGUCUGCUCCACUCCCUACCUGUCCAAGCCGGGGUCGUGCCCGGCGCCAAGCGGCAAGAGGGCCAGCUGCGCCGUCGAAUGUAGCCUGGACGACGAGUGCCCGGAUGCGGAGAAGUGUUGCUCCAACGGCUGCGGCCGCUCGUGCAGGGCGCCUUCCAGCGAGCACAUCUGUCCUAAGGGCACCACAUUCUACAACAAGUGCAACAAGUGCACGUGUGGCGGCGAGGACGAGCCCGUGCGGUGCGAGACCAACAUCUGUACCGAGGAGAAGCCUGGCUUCUGCCCUAACAAGGCGCUGCACUCCAAACUGAGGGGUCGAAGCUGCGGUCCCAAAUGUUACGGCGACGACGACUGCCCAAGAGACUCGAAAUGCUGCGACAUCACCGGAUGCGGACCAAUCUGCGCACCUCCAGCGGAGGACCGGCCGGGCAUCUGCCCAGCGGCAGAGGGCCACGACAGGUGCGGCGACUUCUGCGCCACCGACUCCGACUGCCCGCGGAGCUCCAAGUGCUGCCUCACCGGCUGCGGCAAGAUGUGCAAGGUGGCAGACGAGCCCGGCUUCUGUCCGGCCGUGACGUCCACGCCGAACUGCUUCUACCGGGACAACCAGUGUAUGACGAGCUCGGACUGCGGCGCUGGCCAGAAGUGCUGCGACUCACCCUGUGGCAAGAAGUGCUCCGAGCCAGUCGAUGAAAAGCCUGGCCUGUGCCCCAAUCCAGAGCAGCUGACGUUGGCCGAAGGCAUCUUCUGCAAGAACGAUCAUCAAUGUUCGCAAAACCUGAAGUGUUGUGGAAAUAACAAGGGAGACCAGGGCUGUACCCAACCGACCGAGUACCGCACCACCUGUCGCAAUGUGCGCUGCACGAAGCGCGGAUAUUACUGCGUCGACACGGAUCAUGGUCCAGAGUGCGUCAACAAGCCAAUUUCGACGUGCCAAGACGUUGUGUGCGGCGAAAAAGCCAGCUGUCUUCAAAGACACGACAGGGCUAUUUGCGUUCCGCACACCAAGGUGGGCCACUGUCCUCUCAUCGCGACGGCGCUGCGUCCCUGCAAGACGCCGCGGGUCCUCUGUGAAGGGGACGACGACUGCGAGGGAGGGAACAUCUGCUGUACAGCAGGCUGCGUGAGGAAGUGCGUCAAACCACUGCGCACCGACUGCGCGUCCAUCGGGCACUCCCUCUGCCGCACGGCCGGCUACACCUGCCAGGAUACGCCCAAAGGAGCCGUCUGCGUCGAAGAUGCCGCCUCAUGCGAGCACAAGCACUGUCCAGUCGGCUACAUCUGCCACGACCAGUUUACCAGCGGAGCCCGCUGUGUACGAGAACGGGAGUCCUGCGCCACCAAGAUCUGCGCCCCGGGAGAGGAUUGUUACGAAGAGGAAGAUGGUGCAAUUUGCAUUCAGAAUUACGUCGCUGAGGGAUCAGUCAAUACAGAGGUCAAGGCCGGCAAGUGUCCGGCCAUCCAGCCGGGCUCGUACCGGGGCGACUGCAAGGACACGUGCAAGUAUGACUCCGAGUGUCCCAAACAGCAGCGCUGCUGCAACAACGGCUGCGCCAACGCCUGCCUCGAUCCCGACUUCAGGAAGUCGUGCGACGACGUUAACUGUCCGGACGGCUACGCCUGCCUCGAUAAGGACAAGCUGAAGGAUGCCUUCUGUGUCAAUACUACCCAGAAGGACGGUCGGUGCCCGGCGGCGGACUUCUGGAACCCGCGGACCCGCAGCUGCGAGGACCAGUGCGUGUACGACUUCCAGUGCUCCGGUGACGAGCGGUGCUGCAACAACGGCUGCGCGAGCGUCUGCGCACCGCCCGACCUGCGUAAACGCUGCGAGGACCGUGACUGCGAGGAGGGAUACUCCUGCGUCGACGACGGCGUCAGUGACGCGCAGUGCGUUAGCACAGCGCCGCGGCCGGGCCGCUGUCCGGUGGUGGCCCCCAGGGUGCGCUGUCCGGCGGACAGCAGCGACCAGUGCGAGUACGACGAGCAGUGUCCGGAGGGACUCAGGUGCUGCAAUGCCGACGGCUGCGGCAACCGCUGCAUGCCGGCCGACCUGCGCAAGCUCUGCGCCGACCUGACCUGCUCCGAGGGCACCGCGUGCGUCGGCAGCAUCGCCGGCGACGCCCAGUGCUUAUCGACGGCCGAGAAGCCUGGCCUCUGCCCGAGGGUCUCCAGCGACACGCUGCCCCGCGGCGGCUGCAGGAGCUCGUGCCAGUACGACUCGCAGUGCCUUAACGAUUCCAAGUGCUGCUCCAACGGCUGCGCCAGCGUGUGCCGCAGGCCGCGCGCGCCCGACUGCGACACCAUCAAGUGUCGUGUUGGCUUCCGGUGCACCGAAGACCGCGAGGGCAAGCCCUCCUGCACGGCUAUACCCUGCAAGCAGGACGGGGAUAUCAUAGACAUCGAAUGCAACAGCUGCACCUGCAUCAACAAGUUCCUGCUGUGCUCGCAGGAAGAGUGUCCCCCGGUUAAGCCCGGAUUCUGCCCAAAGCUCACCAAAGGAUACAAGGGCAAAUGUGUCGAAGAGUGCACCAGCGACUACAACUGUGAAUCCGACAGCAAGUGCUGUAACACGGGCUGUGGUCAUACCUGUCAGAACUCAGUGCCGGAGGUCGUGCAUCCGUGCCGGACGGUGCGGUUCCGCUGCGGGGAUGAGACCCGGUGCGCGGCAACGCGCGGCCUCUGCCAACCGGGCAAGACGUGCCCUCUCUCGCCACUCUGCGUGAGCCGGACCGCGCCAUUCUGCGAGAGCUGUCCUCCGGGCAAGGUGUGCGUGCUGCAGAAGCAGGCGUGCCCCAACGGCGGCUGCUACCGACAGCCCAUCUGCGUCCAGCUGUACAGUGACGACACGAUAUUCGAAGAGGAUGAAGAGCUCGAGCUGGCUGUAGUGGCCAAGCAAAACCCCAAGAAGUUCUUCUGA